CAUCUAAUUUAUAUGAAAAUUUAAAAUAUAUUAGAUUAUGGAGCAAAAUAAGCAUGAUGAGGAGGUUUGUAAUGAUGAUACUUGUUAUAAAUUACCUCCUUUAUCUCAAAAAUAUCAAUGGUUUGUGGUUCAGAAUCUCCAAGACCUUAGUCACCAGUUUUUCUCCACCCUUCACAACCCAUCCCUUAAGUAUCAGUGUCGAAUCCCUGAGUUGUCCGGGAGACGUAUCCGAGGCUGUUUCCAUGGUUGGAUCAUUCUCUCCAACCAUCCGCACAACGAUAUCUGGUCUCUUUGGAAUCCAUCAUCCACUUCUAGGAUUCUCAAAGACAAGGAUUAUGAUUCUAUUGCAGAAUGUUGUUUGUCUGCUCCUCCCGAUGAUCCAAAUUCAGUUAUCCUGUUUACGAGAACCAAUAAGCCUACUUUUGUUUUUUGUCAACCAUCUCCUAAAAGAAUAAAAAGCCUAAGAAAGAAGCCAAGAUGGACCGAGAUGUCAUACGCUUACCAGCUCAAAAGAAUAACCUGGAAUGGUCUUCAACUACAUAGUCUAACUUGUUGCAAUGGUCAAGUAUAUGCUUUAUGUACUGAUAACAGGACUACUAAAUUGGUCAUACAGGAAUUCGUAAAGAGAUGUUCGACAUUAUAGUUGGUUUUCCUACGGAAUCUGACAAAACACCUGGUGUUGUAUAUUUGUUUAAAUUAGAGAUGACUAGUGUAAACUGGGAAGCGUUGGAAUGUCUCAGAAAGUGGGAUAUUUCUGAUUUCAAAAAGUUGCGUGAAGGGGUAAUAAGAUACUGCAAAGACUUGAGUAUUACUCAUGAUUUGUGGCAAGAAGUGAAAGACCUUAAAGACGCCAUAUUUGUUGUAGAUCUUUCCCGUCAUAACUUGGAAUUUUACAACCCUUCAAUUCUUUCAGAGUUUGGGGCACAUUCAUGACAAAAUGGACAGGGUAAUCUAUUCGUAUCAUCUUAAAAGUAAAACCAUAAGUCCAUCUCUCGUGCCUUCUUUGAUGGUGCCAACAAGCCACAUGUCCAUGUGGGAGUGUAGGUUAGAUGAUGACCAUAGAGAAGCCAAGUUCAUGGUUGAUUCCAAACAAGAAAAGGAUGAGACAGUGGGUUUCUUAAUGACAGACAACGAGGUAAAUGAUAGUGAAUCUCGCCUACUUGAUCUUCCAUUUGAUGUUCUGGAGAGGAUUAUGAUAUUUUGUGUAGGCGUGGAAUACUUGAACUUUCGUGCUACCUGCAAACAUUUAUAUCAAGCAACACCUGUUAUACCAUGGCGCAACCAAACAGCAUUACAAGAUUAUUCUUUAGUUUCACCUUGGUUGAUGGUUGUAGACCAAAUUCAAGGCAUUAUUACUUUCACAGAUCCAAUGAUGGGUGACAACUACUAUAUGAGAAGUCCACAGUUAUCGAUUGCUGAUGAAAUUAUAUAUAGUUCUAGGUUUGGUUGGUUGCUUUUUCAGACUAGUGCUUUAUGCCCAGUGUUUUUUAACCCCUUCACAAAUGAUCUCCGCAAGCUUCCAGAGUUUGAUUAUUAUAUAUCAACUUAUUGUUUCUCAGACCCACCUACUUCUCCAGAUUGUAUGGUGGUUGGAUUUUCAAAUAAAAAAAUUAUCAUCCAUUAUGUAGCCCGAGAACCAACUUGUCAUGUGUUUGAUCUAGUUACUGAUUCACAAUUACGUCCUAUCCGUUUUCUAACAUUCCUUGAAACAGAUCUUUAUGCUUUGUACAAGACGGGAGAACUUAUGGUUUUCAAAGAUUUCAGUGAAAAAGAUAUCUCUUGGGAAAUUCUUAAAACCGAAGCCCCAAGAAGUUGUAGCAAAUCUCCGGCACAAUAUUUUUUGGUGAAACGUGACCAACAUCUCUUACUAGUUGUUAUGGGUUGGUUUGGAGAACCCAUGGAGGUAUUCAAGCUGAAUGAUUCGACAGGAGAAUGGGAGAAAGUAAAUGGUUUAGGAAAGCACAUGAUUUAUAUAUGUGAUACAACAUGUCUAUGCAUUGAAGCCAAAACACCAGCAAUGGAGAACAAGAUCUUCCUUGCGCAAUUGAGUUCCGAAAACAAGAAGAUAGUGUUUUAUUCUCUUGACACUUGCACGUUUCAUACAUUCAAUGGCAAAAGCGUCCAAGAAAAUGUCGGAGGUGUCGCCACAACUACAUAUCUUUCUGCUCAUACUUGGAUUGAACCAAGUUGGUCUCUUCACUACCCCCCAAAAGAAGGGGAAUAAGAGCUCCAGAUGCACGCACAAGGCUCCCCCAAUAAUGUGAUCAAUUUUAUUCUAAUAGUUAACUAGGCAAAGUCGUCUCUGCAUUCUCAUUUCUUAAAGAGAUCCCCUGAGUCCAGACCAAGGGGCCAAGUGCAAUAAGUUGUAACUUAGGCAUUUUGGAUUCGUGGGUCCUGAUUCAGUUUGCCAUCUACCAUGUUUGAAUGUCGUGCGGUCCUGUUCUUUUAUCAUGUCUCAUACUUGCAAUGGAAGAAGGCAAGACACGCAGGUCUGCUUCAGCUGGACUUUUGUAACAAAGUGACUCAUUGAGAGUGAAAUUUUGAAGUAGCUUACGCUAGCCUAGUUGCCUUCUGGUGAACCACUUGCCAGUAGGAGAAUAUUGGUAAAUAGGUCGGUUUUUCAUGUAGAUAAAUGUAUAUUUUCAUGCUUUUGUUCAUUUGUUUGUGGUUCUUCAUGAAGAUUUCUUUGUCAUGGUACGCUUGUUUGACAUCAAAGGCUGAAACAAAUAAAGUGAUUUGAAAGUCAGAAAGUA